UGCAAAAUAACUGGAUAUUACAAAGUUCUCUCCUUUACCCAAAAACUCAAUCAUCCAUGGCGCUGCUCUAUCACUUCCCACUUAAUAAUCUGCACACUGUUCCCUCUUCUUCUUCUCAUCCUCUACCAAGCUCUAACCUUUCAAUUCACAGACUUAGAUUCCACCGCUUCAACCACGCGACUCCCAUCAGAGCCGCCAUUGAUACCGACACUGACCCAAAGAAGACGAAGAAGAAGAGAAAACCCAAACCGGGUUUCUUCGAAGAGAUCAGCGACAAAUGGGCUUCCCGAAUCAUCCCCAAAGACAACACCUUUCCUUGGCACAAGCAAAAUCAAACUCAAAAUCAAGAAUCAGAACUAAACCGGUCUUCCGGUUAUGUCUUAACCGAUAAAAAACCGGUUUCCAAUCCGGUCCGCUUCCCAAGACCAAACGGUUACAUGUCUCCCCCAUGGGUCUCUAAAGCAGUUAAAGAUUAUGAUAGCUUUAAGGAUAAUGAUGCAAGUGGUGAGGAGGUUGUUACAGUGAUGAGAGAGAAAGGAGUGUGGAGAAGUAAUAAAAAGAGUAAUAAUACUUUGGAAGCAGAGAGAGUUUUACCAGAGCAUGAGCUGAGUAGGCUUAGGAGUGUAGCUUUGAGGAUGGUUGAGAGGGUGAAAGUAGGUUCUGGUGGGAUUACACAAGCCCUUGUGGAAGCUAUUCAUGAGAAAUGGGAGGAGGGUGAUGAGGUUGUGAAGCUGAGAUUUAGUGAGCCUUGUUCACUUAACAUGAAGAGAACUCAUGAGAUUUUAGAGAAGAAGACUGGUGGGUUAGUGAUUUGGAGGUCAGGAAGCUCUGUGGUGUUGUACAGAGGGAUAAGUUACAAACUCAAGUGUGUUCAGUCUUUUAUCAAACAUAAUGGGGUGUCAAGGGAGUACGUAGCAGAGGAGGUGAAUUAUCCGAAGAAUGUACCGAAAGAGCAGUUAUCUGAGCUAUGUGAGCUGAAUGAUUUGUUGGAUGAGAUUGGUCCAAGGUUUCGUGAUUGGACAGGGUGUGCUCCUUUGCCUGUUGAUGCUGACUUGCUUCCUACUAUGGUUAUGGGAUAUAGGUGUCCCUUUAGGAUUCUUCCUCAAGGAGUUAAACCUUGUUUGUCUAACAAGGAAAUGACUGAGAUGCGGAGGCUCGCUAGGACUAGCCCUCCACAUUUUGCUCUAGGGAGGAGCAGAGAGUUACAAGGACUAGCUGUAGCAAUGGUAAAGCUAUGGGAAAAGAGCGCGAUUGCGAAAAUAGCAAUCAAACGUGGAGUGGAGAACACACGGAACGAGAGAAUGGCUGAAGAACUUAAGAGACUUACACGCGGUGUACUUGUUUCAAGAAACAAAGACUACAUUGUCUUCUACAGAGGUAAUGACUUCAUGCCUCCUGCAGUUUCAGAGGCGUUGACUGAGAGGCAAAACAAGAUAACUGAAGUUCUUCAAACCAAAGAAGAUCAACUCCGGGAAACAGCUUCAACGAGAGUUACGCUAAUAUCACAAAGCAAGCCGCCUAAAACCCCGUUGCUGGCUGGAACUCUUGCUGAGACUAUAGCUGCAAGUUCACGGUGGGCACCAGAGGCAAGCAGUAUCGAUGUAGAGGAGUUGAAGAGAGAAUCAGCUUCUAUUAAAAGAGCUGCGUUGAUCAGAGAUCUUGACUUGAGACUUCUUUAUGCAAAACAAAAGUUGAGAAAAGCUGAGAAGGCUUUAGCUAAAGUGCAAAAGGAUCUUGACCCAUCUGAUCUCCCAACUGAUUCAGAGAUCAUCACAGAAGAAGAGAGACUUCUUUACCGAAAAAUCGGUUUGAGUAUGGAUCCAUUUCUCCUCGUAGGAAGAAGAGAAGUGUAUGAUGGUACAAUAGAGAAUAUGCAUCUACACUGGAAACACAGGGAGCUCGUAAAGAUUAUUGUAAGAGGCAAAUCUCUUCCACAAGUGAAGCAUAUAGCUAUCUCUUUAGAAGCUGAGAGUGGAGGAGUAUUGGUAUCCGUUGAUAAUACUUUGAAAGGCUAUGCGAUCAUACUCUACCGUGGGAAGAACUAUCAGAUGCCAUUCAGGCUUAGGCCUACAAACUUAUUGACUAGAAAAAAGGCUUUCGCUCGAUCCAUUGAGCUUCAAAGAAGAGAAGCACUAAAGCAUCAUGUUGCUGACUUAGAAGAACGGAUUGAGCUGUUGAAGACAGGACAGGACGAGGAUAAGGAAACUCACAAGAAAAGUGAUGGAGAAGAAGAUAACUUGUAUUUAAGAGUUGAUGAAUCUGAUUAUUCUUCUGAUGAGGAUGAAUCUUUCUUAUCAUCGGAAGAAGAGGAAGAAGAAACUUAGAACCGGUAAACAAAUUAUAAUCUCAUAUAUUGUAUAACAAUGUUAGAACCUGUGAUGAUAAUUUUCAGGUUCCACAAUGAUAAUCUCAUAGUACAUUAUUACAUGUUGCAUAUAAGCACUCACUUAUUCUUUUCAUGCAUGGAACUAAAGUUUGUUCAUAGCAUCCAUAUUUAGCUUGAAUCCAACCAUAGCAUCUCUUGGUAACGUCAUGACCACUUUAACUCCACCUUCCAUUGAUGGAUCUAACUUAG